AUGUGUUUUCGGAAUGAAAUGGUGAUUUUGAUUAAUCUUUUGCAUCUGUGCAUCGUCAAAACCGUGUUUUCAACGUGUCAUCAGUAUUAUGCUGUUGAGACAGAUCUAAGUGGAGAUGAGGUAAAGGUUUUGGUCGGUGGUUUUGGCGGUACUGUUACUGGAAAUAUACCUCAUCAAAAUGUUUACGAAGUUAGUUACUCUGAAUGCGAUGAAUACGAAUGGCCUUCAUUCAGUUUUUUGAAACGAUCAUGGAGAGAUAGUCACGAAACAUUUCAGAAGAGCCUUAAAGCUCAUCUCAAGAUUCGAGAAAUUAAACCGCUCAAGAUCCUACAUUUUGAAAAACGUUUCACUAUCUCUAGUUAUGAGUUCGAUGGGACAGCAGGUAAAAGUUUAAAAAAGACUCCAAUACCAAAAGAAAUGGUUACUGAGACUGAUGCUGAAUACAAUCGACACUAUAUCGAAUAUGCUAACAGGAUCAGAAGUGCUGUAAACGUAAAUGACCCAGCAGCACAGUAUGUAUGGCAGUACCUCAAUGAUGGUAGUAGUGUCAGUCCUUUGAUUGGACUUGACAUUAAUUUAUAUCCAAUAUUCUUGGAGAAUAUCACUGGCAGAAGAACAAAUGUCGUUAUAUUAGAUGAUGGAUUGGAUACAAGUCAUGAAGAUUUACGGGAUAACUUUGAUGAGACGAUAUCCGUUAAUUUGGAUAGACCAGAAACAAAUGGAUACAGUCCACGUGGACCACGUAAAAUUAUUCCUGAAAAUGAUGGACAUGGUACCAGAUGUGCCGGUCUUGCUGGUGCAGUAAUUAAUAACAGCAUUUGUUCUCAUGGUGUUGCACCAAACACUAAACUAGGAGGCAUACGGAUGUUAACUACACAAGUUACGGAUAUAUUGGAAGCUAAAGGUUUAGCGUAUAACGCAGAAUCAAUCAAUAUAUACUGUUCAUCAUGGGGACCAUCUGAUGAUGGUAUUACAAUGGAUCUACCACACAAACAUGCAAAAGAUGCAUUAAGUUAUGGCUUAGCUAAGGGUCGACAUGGUUUAGGUUCAAUUUAUGUUUUUGCUUCUGGAAAUGGUGGCCUAUUUGGUGAUAGUUGCGGUGCUGAUGGAUUUGUCAGUUCACCAAAUGUGAUUGCUGUUUCAGCAGUAGAUAAUCUUGGUCAAAAAACUGUAUAUUCAGAACCGUGUGCUGCAAUUCGUGUGUCAGUUCCUGUCGGUGGAUCACCUGAAUUGUCUAAUAGAAAUAUUUUGCCUACAACAAUGGAAAAUAAUAAAUGUAUGAAAAGUUUUAUGGGUACAUCGGCAGCUGCUCCAAUACUUUCUGGAUGUCUUGCAUUGUCACUAGAAGCAAAUCCUAAAUUAACAUGGCGUGAUAUAUCACAUUUAUUACCAUGGAGUUCACGUAUUCCUAAUCCAAUCGAUAAAGGUUGGUUAGUUAAUGGUGCUGGACUAUUACAUCAUCCAUUUAUUGGAUUUGGAACAAUCGAUUGUUAUCGUUUAGUGAAAUUAGCUCAACAAUGGAAUUUAAUUGGACCAUUAUGUGUUUUUAAUCAUAGUAAGGAAUUAUAUAAUGAACCGAAAAAUUGGGCUAAUUUGCAAGGUACUAAAAAAACAGACAGUGUUCAACAUUUAUUCAAAUGUGAUGAUGAAUGUUCAGCAAAAAUUAUUCAUCAAUAUGAAUCAGAAUAUACACAAAGCUGGCCACUUAAAUCUCACUCUGAUACAAUAAUCGAUUUCAAUUUAACCGAUUUAUCUGGAUUAACUCAAUAUUCUGUAGCACAGAAUAUUGAAGAAAAUACUCCAUGUCAAGUAGAUAUUGUUGAACAAGUUAUUCUUCAUAUUAAAUGGAAACAUUCAUGUCGUGGAAGUUUAGAAAUACAUUUAAUUAGUCCAUCAAAUACUAGUGCAUUAAUAUUAGCUCAACGAAAAUUAGAUACAUAUAAUGGCGAAGGAUCAAUGAUAUUUUCGUCAGUUGUACAUUGGGGUGAAAUAGCUGCUGGUUCAUGGAAGUUAAAAAUCCAUGAUCACGGACAAUGUGAUUCGAAAAAAACUUCUGAUAAUAAUGAUAAUAGUAUUAAUGGUUUUAUCACAGGUGUUCAGUUAACAAUUCGCGGUACAUCUAAAAAUGAUAAUGGAUUUAUGAUAAAUAGAAAUCUAUUAGAACCAUUAUUGACAACAGUUGGUAAAAUAGCUAUCUCUACUCAUACUGGACAUAAAUUAGAAGCAGAAGAAAUUAAAAAGACAUUUAUAGAGCAAAGAGAUUUAUCAUUUUCACUUUCUAAAUCAAUAUUUUAG